CGAUUGUUCCAGUUGGUGGAGUGGUGUCGGAUAUCUAUCACACUGAAGACCGCAACACGCCCAUGUGCCUAUUCUCUGGCGCUGCACUGUUCGGUACUGGGUUGGGACCGCUCAUCAGCGGGUUCAUUGCAGAGAGCCUCUCCUGGCGGUGGAUAUUCUACCUCCAGACCAUCACCUGCACUGUUGGCGUGGUGGUGAUUUGCAUCGUUUUCAAAGAGACGCGAGGCAGUGUCCUGCUGAGCCGCAAGGCAAAGGUGCUCAACAAGUGGUAUGAGGCGCGUGAAGAGGCGGGUUAUUACGGUUUCAAUAUGCCUGAUCCCGAGAAGCCCGGCUCCGUGAUAUCGGAGCGGCUGCGAUGGAAGGUCAAGGCCGAUGAAGAGCGUGCCAGCCUGUCGAAGAUGAUAGGAAUCUCCUUGUACCGACCUUUCCACCUCCUUACCACCGAGCCUGUCGUUUUCUGGUUCUCGCUGUGGGUCGCUUUCUCCUGGGCUGUCUUGUAUCUCACCCUCGCCGCCAUCCCGCUCGUCUUCCAACGAAACCACGGCUUCACGCUGGCUCAGGCGAACUCCGUGUUCGCUGCCACAUCCAUUGGGGCAAUCCUCUCGACGUUCCUAUCCAUAUACCAGGAGCGAAUCGCUAAACGAUACGGAAAGCUCGCCUCCACGCCAGAGGGGCGUUUGUACUUUGCAUGCAUCGAGAGCGCGUUCAUGCCCAUCGGGCUCUUCAUGUUUGGCUGGACCUCAGCUUCGUCAAUCCACUGGAUUGUACCAACCAUUGCCGUUGCCAUCGCCACGAUGGGCAUCUUCGCAAUCUACCUUGCUGUCUUCAAUUACCUCGCCGACACCUACCACCGCUACGCCAGCUCCGCACUGGCCGCGCAGUCCUUCUGCAGGAAUAUCCUCGGUACGUAGACAUCCCGCCUAUGCCUCUUAGUAUGGCAUCACUAACCUUACUCGCAAAAUACAGGAGGCAUCUUCCCCUUGAUCACGGUGCAGAUGUACAACAAGCUGACCUUCGGCGGCGCGAGCAGCCUUCUCGGCGGAAUUGGAACGCUUCUCACGCUCGUGCCGUGGAUCCUCGUCUUCUACGGCCCCAAGAUCCGCGCGAGGUCGAAGUUCGCCAGCGAGAUCAUGGAGGGGUCUCGCUGAUUCAUUGAAUGUUUGCGUUCUCGCAAGGGAGAUGAGUGUUUUUAGUAUACAUGUGCGCGGAUAUCUUUAUGCGUCACGGCCUCCAUUUUCGUUUUUACGGCAUAGCAUAGCAUGAGAAGGGAGAGAAGAGAAGAAA